CAGUUUUCAUUUUCAUGAUAUGAUCAUGAGAGUUAUUUGUUGCACAUACAAACUCUUCAAUUCAUUUUAAGAAAAAAAUGUAAAUAACAAAUAGUAGGUGUAGAAAUAUCGUUAAAUUUUAGCCGAAGAAACGGAUAGCUCAAGUAAAAUGGCCCCCGUACCCUUAGAGGGGCUCCAAACGCCCGUUUCCAAUGCAGUGGCCCAAAAUAAUGUAGCUGGUCCCCAGGAAGGCAAUAGAGGAGGAAUGAUGUCUUUAGCUAUGUUAAUAGAUUUUAUUGUACAACGCACAUACCAUGAACUCACAGUCUUGGCUGAGUUACUACCUCGGAAAACUGACAUGGAAAGAAAGAUUGAAAUAUAUAAUUUUGCAACCAGAACCAGGCAACUUUUUGUCAGACUGCUAGCAUUGGCUAAAUGGGCCAAUAGUGCUUCCAAAGUUGAAAAAUCAGCAAGAAUCAUGAACUUUUUGGAUAAACAAUCCCUCCUAUUUGUGGAAACUGCAGACAUGUUGGCGAGAAUGGCAAGAGAAACAUUGGUACAAGCUAGAGUACCAAAUUUCCACAUCCCAGCAGCUGUUGAGGUACUUACAACAGGUACUUAUGGAAGACUUCCUGCUUGUAUAAGGGAAAAGAUUGUCCCACCCGAUCCCAUAACAAAUUCUGAAAAGAGAAAUACAUUGUUGAGGUUGAAUCAGGUCAUCCAGCAUAGACUUGUGACUGGAAAUCUGUUACCACAGAUGAAGAAUUUGAAGAUUGAAAAUGGAAGAGUAACUUUCCAUGUGCAACAUGAAUUUGAGGUAUCCUUAACAGUAAUGGGUGAUGGUCCGAACAUACCAUGGAGACUCUUAGAAAUUGACAUCUUAGUAGGUGAUAAAGAAACAGGUGACGGAAAAGCUCUUGUGCAUUCACUCCAGACUCAGUACAUCCAUCAGUUAAUCCAAACAAGACUCGUCGACAACCAUCAGCCCCUAACUGAGGUUUACAACUGUCUACACUUUUUCUGCCAGUCACUGCAGUUGGAGGUCUUAUAUUCCCAAACUUUAAGGUUGAUGAGAGACAGGUUAGACGAUCACAUACAUGUUGAUGAGUAUGUCCCUGGAAAAUGUCUAACAGUAUCUUACUGGAGGGAGUUAACGAGCAAAGGAAAAGAACAGAGUAAUAAAGAUCUUCGCUCUGAAUUAGGAUAUCGUUUAUCAGUACAAGUUGACGUUCAUGAUCCGGCCAGGCCUUUGGCUGUGGUACACGUACCUUCUUUAGGCAACAAAGAGAGUGAGAUUGCUGAUCGAGCCAUUAGAUCUGAGGUGUUAUCUAUGGAAAGACUGCUAGUUUACACAAUUUAUUGCAGAACCAGAAGCAGAUUAUCAGAUAUCAAAUUAGAAUUACAAGGAAUGCUUAAAGAUAUGGAGUGUACGCUUCAAGGAUCUCCAGCAAUUCUAUCAGUAGCUAUACUUCAACCUUGUCUGAGAGCAGAACAACUAUUGAUAACAGUUGAUACUCAUACUGGCAUGCUCCAAUGCCAUGUACCACAGUAUGAUGGUGCUCCACUUAUACCAGAACUGAAUAAUGCCUUGAAUGGAGACCACGCUAGAUUACCUAUGCUUAUAUCAGAAUUAAGAUAUUGGAUUACUCAGAGACGCUGUGAAAAGACGCUUCAACAUUUGCCUGCCACUGCAUUCGAAAAACUACCUCUUUUACAUCAUAGCGAUCAUCCCAUAACUAAAAUUGGUAAACAUAAAAUGUUUAUUCAGCUGCAUAGACAUCCAAAUGUUGUCUUGAUUGUGGAAUUAAAAGAGAUAGAAAGUAAUCCUUGCGAGCUGGAUUUCCUAUUCUAUUUAGCAGUCGUCAAACAUUCAAGUAUCGAUGAUAGUCCCGACGAUGAUUCCAUAGAAGCUGAAGCGCCCAAAGUUUUUCUAAAGGUGCAAACAUUGAUAGAAUUUGAUACAUUUGUUUCUACACACGGACCGUUUACGAGCGUCUCAGGUACCUUGGAUUCAGAUCAAACGGAACCUGGGAGUCUGAAAAGAAAAUGUGGAAUGAAACAAGAAUCUUCAUCUAGGAGAGCAAAACAACCGGCUUAUUUUAUUGCUGAGCUAGCGCAUGUGAUAGCCAUGUGUGACGAGAGAUUACCAUUCGUCACUCUGGCGAGCGAGUUAACCAAGAGAAACGUUUUCCAUCAAGGUUUACAAGUAGAAUCGAAUGCUACUGGUUUGGUGUUGAAACUGAUACAGCUACCUGCUCCUACUAAGGAAAUUGGAACGUCGUCGGCCUGGAAUGCUCUAAUGAAACGACUGCUUUCUGUUUCGAUGCGAGUUUUGAGUAAAGGAGUACUUAAGAGUUGGAUGGUUGAAUUUGUUUUUUAUUCUACUCCGUUAUCUAGUACGCAUCCUAAAGAACAAGGAUCAAGACGACCAAUAUAUUUCCAAUAUGAAAUGACCACCGUAGACAACACAUCAAAGACUGCAGAUGCCCUUAUUAGCGAUUGGAACCAAAUAGUACAUUUAUAUACACUCGUACACGAUUUAAGCGAAUAUUUGAAGAUAGACAAGUAUAGUUUCUUAGCCAACAUGUUCUGUAUCAAAUCCUACAAUUACACCAAACUGAUUCUUUGCUAUGGCUCCGAUAAAGGAGCUAUGGUCUCCAUCACAUGGAUGAGUUCAGAAAAAAUGUUUAAGUUAGCAUUUGGAGCCACGAACAGCGCUCUUAAUGCUCACUCUAUGAUCCAGGAACAACUAGAAUCUCAUCUAAACGAACAUAGGAAUUUGGCGCAGAUCAUUCAAUUAUUACACGAGACUUACGAGCCGCUAUUAUCUAUAAGUAAGUUGCCGACAAUUCCUCAAUUGGGAAUACAUAAUUCAAGACCACAAGUACCUGUACAAACAUUCACCAUCAUGGCCCAAUCGUGCACUCUUCUGCGUCUAGCUUACCAGGGCAUGUACUGCUUGGAGCUGCGAAUUAGAGGAUCCGGUUUGGUUUCCCUGCGUGAUGGGGCCUACAGUAGAUUUGAUAGAAGCAACGUUGUCGAUGUGUUCUCUCCUACUCAGGGUUUGAAAACAUUUUUAUCGAAAUAUGUCGACGAAACGGCUGUGUUUAGAAGAAGAUCUCAAUCUGAGGAUGAUAAUCCUCCAUCGCCGAUGGAAGUGGAAGGCAGUGGGUUCUUAGGUCACCAUCGAGGUCCUCAGUCUCCAGCCGGUCAAAGAGAACCAGGCCUCCGUUUCCACCCACCUUUAACGCCACCAUCAGGCUCCAAUCCUCACACACCCGCUAGUCCCCACACGUCUAUGAAUCAACCAACCACCCACACCAGUUUUGGUUCCAGUCCAGCUACCUCAUUUAACUUAGCAUCUCCCACAUCGCUACAGCCGAAUAUAAACCCAAGCCCCAUGCCUCACCCUAGUCCAGGUGGUUUAGUCGCCAACUCUCCUUUAAAUCCUCAGUUGGCCAGUCCUGGAGGACUGUUGAGUAAUUCUUCACCUGGACCACAGAGUACUAAUCUACCAGGGCAUUCACCUGUAAGCAGUUUCAUGCCAACCGGCCACACCGACGGUAGUCCGUUUCCUUCACAAAGUCUAUCGUCGCCUGCAGCUUCGACGAAUUGGCCUGGUUCUCCUGGUAUGCCACGGCCUUCCCCGGCCAGACCUGGCCAAUCUCCUGGUGGACACUCGUUAAUGCACAGUCCACAACAGUCAUCGGAUCUCAAAACUGGUAGUCAUCUGUCGAGGGUACUUCCUCAGAGGUCUUGGGCUGGAGCAGUACCGACGUUGUUGACGCAUGAAGCCUUAGAGAUAUUAUGCUGUCCUUCGCUGCAUCCACAAGGACUUCCUGUACCUGAAUUAGCGCCUUUGGAGAGAUUCUUGGGGUGCGUGUAUAUGCGCAGGCAGUUGCAUCGUUAUAUUCAUACGGAAAACUUUCUAACUGCAAUACAAAAUACGGAACCAGGAGUAAUUCAUUUCAAAGUAGCAGAAACUAUGCAAUGCCGGAUAGUGUUGAACACGCAACAUUUGCAGAGCUUACAUCUAAAAAUUACUCCUCUUCCCGAACAUAAAGAUAUGUGGCUUCAGGAAGAACUUCAAGUUCUCGAAAAAUUCUUUGACACCCGAGCAGCUGCUCCUCCAUACAAACCAACCUCCAUGUUCACCUUCUGCAGCAUACUGAAUCUGCCCCUCAAUGUACUCAAAGAUUUCAUACAGAUCAUGAAGCUGGAACUGGUGCCGGGCUUGGUACAGCAACAGCAGAUGAAGUGGGCCGUUCAAUGGGUGCUUAGAGUACCACCGAGUGCUCCCAAUUUGGUUCCGCUGGGAAUGACUGGAGUGUUGGUGUUCAGGUCCAAGGUGCUUUUCUUUCUCCAAAUUACCCGAAUCGGCAUUCAGUACCAGUUAAGUAUGGAACCUCCGUCCAUCGUACUUCCUCUCAUCUAUGACAUCGGCAGCAACGUGACAAGUCUUGCAGAAAAGCGCGAACCAGGCGCCAAUCCAACAAUGACGGCCGUCAGCCAGUUACUCAAGCACUAUUCGCAAUUCCAAUCUAACAUCAACGAAUGCUCGAUAUUCCCCGCUAUCAGAGAGCUCUUAAUUAAUCUAACUCUCCCUUCCGAGCCACAAGUUCCAAGCCCUGUCACUGGUGGAGUACAACAGAUCCAGUCGCCGGCUAUGCAAAUGUCCGGACAAGGUGGUCAAGGUGGUUAUGCGGUCAACAUGCCAAUGGGAAUGAUGGGACCACAAUAAUUUAUCGUUUCAUCUUUGUACGCCAUUAGUUAGUAACGAACGAGAGAAGGAAAACGUCUUUGUUUUUAUGUAUGAUGUAAGAUCUUGAGUUACAUGUAUUUUUAAGACAAUCAUCUUUAAAUUUUAAUAGACUCUGUCAUUUUAAAAAAGAGAGAAACAUCUAUAAUGCCUAUCUCUAUGCAACAAAUAGAUAUGAUUUAUUUGUGUAUGUAUAUUUUUAUAUUGAUGUGGAAAAACAUUCUGGAAAGUGUAAAGUUAAGGUUUUGAACAGGGUAUUAAUGUAAAUGUAUCCCACAAUGUACGUUUUCUUAUUUAUUAACUGAUUACUCCACAUACUGGCAGUAUUGUAUUAAAUGUAGAUAUUUUCCUAUUGAAAUGUAUUUAUAAUUAAACAAAA